AUGGGUGGCAAUGAUAAUUUUUACCAUAUGAUCAUCUUUUUAGAGGAAUCGAUCGAAAACGGACAAGAGGGAAAUUCAGUCGACAAUGGUGAAGACAAGCAAGACGUGAAAAGUUCCCACGAAUUCGUAGACGAACUAGUUUUGCCGUUCCAAGUCGAUGAGAUAGACGCAUUAAAUGAGUGGUUCGACAAGUUCGACGAAAAACUCUGCAUACCGAACGAGGGUCACAUCAAGUACGAGAUUACUAGCGAUGGGAUGAUGGUGUUGCUACUCGACAAAGAAUUGGAGCACUUGGUCAACGACGUGAAGACCUUUGUCGAAGAGAACAGCUCAUAG